AAGCCCAGCCAGGGAUAAAAGGUGACGGUGAGCAUCCUGCCUGCUUGCCUACAGCCCAUGUCAACAUGAGCAACCUGGCCUUGUACCAUGGCAUCUACACCGAGGAGCGCUUCCAGCAGCUUUAUGGGACGCCCCCAGAGCCAGAGGGCAGCCUGGCAGGGAUGCUGAAGGGCAAGCUGGCCCAUGGGUGCCACUGUUCCAGGGCUGCAGCCUUGCACUUGCUCCGAAGCAGGCUUCCUAUUGCAAGCUGGCUGCCCAAGUACCAGCCCAGGAAGUGGCUCCUGGGGGACGUGGUGGCAGGGCUAACCGUGGGCAUUGUGCACAUCCCACAAGGAAUGGCCUUUGCUCUGCUCACCUCGGUAGCACCAGUCUAUGGCCUCUACACUUCAUUCUUCCCUGCCCUGCUGUACAUGCUGUUUGGUACCGGGCACCAUGUGUCCACAGGCACCUUUGCUGUGGUCAGUCUGAUGACGGGCUCCGUGGUGGAGCGUUUGGUUCCUGAGCCCCUGCAGUCCAAUGGCACCAUCCCUGCAGAAGCAGCUUUGCUGGAGGCGCAGCGCAUUGGUGUGGCGGCCGCCAUGGCCUUCCUAGUGGGGCUGCUCAUGACAGGGAUGUUUACACUUCACCUGGGCUUCCUUUCCACCUACCUCGCGGAGCCUGUUGUCAAGGCCUUUACCUGUGGUGCUGCUUUGCACGUGGUGGUGUCUCAGCUCCAGAGCCUCCUGGGCUUGCCACUCCCACGCCCCGCUGGCUGCUUCGCCAUCUUCAAGACACUGGCAUCUGUUGUGGAAGCCUUGCCCUUAACCAACACAGCAGAACUGCUCAUCUCAGGCUUCUGCUUGGCUGUCUUGGUGCCCAUCAAAGAGAUCAACAACCGCUACCGGAGCCGGCUGUGGGUCCCCAUCCCGGGAGAGAUCAUCAUGGUACUGCUGGCUACUGGGAUCUGCUUUGCUUCCUCCCUAAACACUCACUAUAAGGUGCAGGUUGUUGGACACCUCCCAGCAGGGUUCCCAGAGCCCCAGCUCCCAGACCUGCAUCUGCUGCCCCAAGUGCUGGGUGACACGGUGGCCAUCACUUUUGUGGCCUACGCCAUCUCAGUGUCAUUGGCCAUGAUCUACGCUGAGAAGCACCACUAUGUCAUUGACCCCAACCAGGAACUACUGGCUCAUGGCCUCUCAAACCUGGUCUCCUCCAUGUUCACCUGUUUCCCCAGUUCAGCCACACUGGCUACAACAAACAUCUUGGAAAGUGCUGGUGGAUGCACACAGCUCUCUGGCCUCUUCACCAGUGCUGUUGUCCUGGUGGUCUUGCUAUGGAUUGGACCUCUCUUCUACUACUUACCCAAGGCUGUCCUGGCCUGCAUCAAUAUCACCAGCCUUCGGCAGAUGUUUCUGCAGUUCCAGGACCUGCCCGAGCUGUGGAGGAUCAGCCCCAUUGACUUCACGUUGUGGGUGGUCACGUGGCUUUCUGUGGUUGUGCUCAACGUGGACCUUGGCUUGGCGGUGGGGGUUGUGUUCUCCAUGAUGACGGUUGUUUGCCGCACACAGAGGGCGGAGUGCUCAGUUCUGGGCAGGGCAGGGGACACAGAGAUCUACAAGCCUGUCAAGUACAACAGCAAGUGCUUUGAGAUCCCAGGUGUGAAGAUUAUAAGCUACCAGGCUCCCAUCUACUAUGGGAACCGCAGCUUCUUUCGCGACACUCUGAGCCAACUUGUGGGACUCAACCAAGACUGCGAGAAGCACGAGGACCAAGUUCCAGGCAUCGAGCUCAAGAUGGACAUCAGCACUGUGGAGAGCAAUGUCUCCGUCCUGGACAAAAAGCUUGGCUCAGGCGUGUCAGUACAGGCUGUCAUUCUUGACUGCAGUGGAGUGUCCUUUGUGGACUCAGCUGGAGCCCGUCUACUUAUUCAGGUGUGUGUAGAAUGCCAAAAGGCAGGUGUGCAGAUCCAUUUGGCUUCCUGUAAUGUCGGUGUUUUACAGACCUUGAGGUCCUGUGGCCUUCUCCAUCAUCUUCCCCCACAGCAGAUUUUUGUCACUGUGCACGAUGCGGCUUCCUACCUUCAGCAGACUAUGGAAAGUAUGGAGCUGAAGGACCCAACCAUCUGGGUAUAACUGCCUCUGUAUCAAAUCAAUCCAUGCGUACCAGGACAAGGACUAGAUGAGAUCACAGAAAUGCUAGAGGCAGCUGGCUGCCUCGGAAACCAACAAGGCCC